UAGUACAUGAAUAUAGUACUAUAGUAUAUUUCAAAGUACUAUAAAUGCACAUUAAUGUUAAAUGUACAUUAAAUAUCAAUAAUUUAUAAUUUUUACAUUUUGAUGUAAAAAAGCAAGAAUUUUUCAAUAAAUGCGCUUGUUUAAAAGCAUGCUGUAAACAGCUCUCUUACUAAUAUUUGGAAGCAACAGUACCCUAAAUACCCAUGAAAGCUGUUUUAACUGGUUUGUUUGUUAAUAUCUGCUAAUUUUUUAGUCUAAUUCCUGCACUUUUGUGAAACUUUUGCUGUUUGUUAAGAUAGCCCCAUGAAAAACUGCAGAUGGCAAGCGCAAGAUGUAUUUCAUAUAUAUAUACACUCACUUUUUCACUCUUAUUUUUCCCCCACAGAUCUUUAAUGAUACCCUCAACUUUAUAUAAUAAAAUAAAAAAAUAAACAAACCCGACCUCAAAGCUCCGGAGAACAGGAAGGAGAUCUGCACGAUCCAGGGCACCAAAACCACAGCAAACCCCAAUCUGUAUUCCACUGUGUUUGGAAAAAUAAACCUCUUCUAAACCAUCUAAAUAUAGAGGAAUGAAAUAGUUAGGCUAAGGAUUAUGGGUGGAUAAAAAGGUCAAAAUUUGAGUUCUGCCUCAGGUAUGUGACAUUAAAGGUGGAAUACACGCGAAAUGACAUGCUGAGCACAAUUACUCAACAGCUGAAAGGUAAAUUGGACAGAUGUUUGUGGAGAUCAGGUGACGUGGGCAGGGUGAGCAUCAGGCUAUUAACCAUGAGUUUCCAUAAGGCAGAGAGGAGGCUCUCUCAUUCUGAGGCAGUCUUUCAGGCAGAUGUUACAGAACCUGUUGCUUGUCCAGAUGUAUUGGCAACUUCUGGCUCUCCUCUCCCUUGUUUGUCAGACGCUUAUAUUGACGUUAGCUGCAAGAAAACAAAGUGAGACCUGGCAACAGGACUGCAGGAGCUGUCUGGAGUGUUCGAAGGAAAAUGGCUGCCUGCGCUGCUCUGAGCGGCUCUUCCUGUUCCUGAACAGAGAUGGCAUGAGUCACCACGGCUCUUGUCUUCAUUCCUGCCCCUCUGGACACUUUGGCCUCCGAGGCAAAGAUCUCAACCACUGCAUGAAAUGCAAAGCUCCAGAAUGCGAGAGGUGCUUCAGCAAAGACUUCUGCACUAAGUGCAAGGGAGGAUAUCUGCUAUUCAAAGGCAAAUGCUUCAAAAACUGUCCAGAUGGCACAUUUCCUCAGUCCACAGACUGUGUUGAAGGCUGUGUGUUCAGUAGCUUUGGUUUCUGGGGUGAAUGGAGCCCAUGCCAGCAUAACGGCCUGAGCUGUGGUGUCAGAUGGGGGCAGCAGAGCAGGACCCGUGAGCUGUCCAGAAACACGCCUGAAGAGACAGACGCACUCUGUCCACAUCAGACUGAGAGCAGAAAGUGCAGUAUUAAGAAAAGGUGUCCAAAAGAUAAAAGGAAAAAUAAAAGGAGAGAAGGAAGAAGAAAGGCACAGAAAAAGAUGAAGAUCUUCGGGAACAGAACCAUCACAGAACCUCCAUGGAGAAUGUAAAGUUCUGGAACGAAAGAACAAUAUAUAUAAC